UCUUAUAUACUCUUUGCUAUAAGUCAGCUAUCCAAAGAGUAAAACAGAGUAAAAUAACUUGUUAUAUACAGCUAUCAGAGUUUGGUCAAUUAUCAAAUUAUCAAUCGAGUUAUAUUUUGAGAAUCACGUUAGUUAAGCUCGUAAUUUGAUUCCGGAAAAAUAAAAAAAUGCCACAUUUUAGAAUUGAAACGAAUGUACCAAAGUCAAAAGUUCCUGAAGAUUUUGUUACUAAAGCCGUGCCGAUACUCGCAAAAUCGCUUGGAAAACCUGAACAGUACUGUGUUGUAUCUGUAAUUCCUGAUGUACUGAUGAGUUUUGGAGGUACAACAGCACCUUGCGCCAUUGCUAAUUUGAUGUCUAUUGGAGCACUUGGUGUUGAACAAAACAAGAAGCAUGCUAAAGUACUUUUUGAACUGAUAGAAAAGGAAUUGGGUGUACCUCAAGACAGAAUGUACAUAUCAUUUCAAGAUGAACCUACUGGAAAUGUUGGCUUCAAGGGAACGACUUUCCAUGCGAUAUUCGGCUAAACUUUUAUUUGUUAUUCAUCCCUGUAAACGAAAUCUAAUUAUAUAGAUUUGAUUAUUUUGUAAUUUUA